UAGCACGCACCACUCGCUGGGGGGACGUCGAACGGUAUUUGAGAUAUCGUAAUUGAUUCGAGAAAGAGUCAGUAGCUUGCUACAAUGGCGGAUGAAGGGAAGCUGUUUAUUGGUGGACUCAACUUCGACACUGAUGAGGAAUCUCUGGAGCGCGCCUUCUCAAAGUAUGGCGUCAUUUCAAACGUCCACAUCGCCAGAAAUAGAGAAACAAAGAAGUCGAGGGGUUUCGGCUUUGUUACGUUUGAAAACCCGGAUGAUGCAAAGGAUGCAAUGGAUGGAAUGAACGGGAAGUCGGUUGAUGGCAGAACAAUUCGUGUGGAUGAGGCGGGAAAAUCCAGCGGUGGCGGCGGCAGCGGCGGUGGCGGCGGCGGAGGAAGGGGUGGUUACCGAGGAGGUGGAGGUGGAGGUAGACCUGGGGGCAGAGGUGGUGGUGGAUUCUUUCGGGACAGCAGAGGAAGAGGUGGGCCACGGGGUGGUGGUGGUGGUUAUGGAGGUGGAGACAGAAGUUACGGUGGAGGCUCCCGUGGCUAUGGAGGAGGAGAAAGGAGUUAUGGUGGAGGUGGCUACAGAAGCAGUGGUGGAGGUGGCAGCAGUGGCUAUUCUUCUGGAGGAGGUGGAGGCUUCAACAGAGAUAACAGGGGGUCUGGCUAUGGCGAUCGUAGUGGUUCGUACAGGGACAGCUAUGACAGCUAUGACUGGUGAAAACUGCAAGCGCGAAGUGGCCAGCACUGCACAACACCACAAUCUGCCUCAGUCUGCUCGAGGUAUCUCUACUCUGCUCAACGUCUGCAUUUUUAAAAAUACUGUUCCAAUGCACCAAAUCUCAAAUUACCAUCAACGUGAAGAGGAAAAAAUAUUGAUACGCCAUUUUGGGUGCUCUCUGUUCUUUGUAUCAUAAACAAUGACCUUUUUUUGUUUUGUUUUUUCAUUUUUUGGCUCCUUGAAACCUAUUAAACAGACAAAUUGUUGAAAA